AUGUGGGAUCUUCUUGUGCUGACGGCAGCGAAUGAAAAACAGAAGAGCACAUUCCUCAAACAACUGAAUCAUUUGGACUUGCGAGAAUACUGCAAAAAUGUCGAUGUGGUAUCGGAUGCGAACGACAAAUGUCGAAUUGGAUCUGGAGGAUCGACAAUUCAAGUCAUACAACAUCUGAUUCGAAUGUAUAAUAAUUCUUUAAAGUCGAUGAAGAUUCUUCUUUGUCAUUCUGGAGGACUUUCACAGAGAAUGCCACAUCUUUCCGCAUAUGGAAAGGCGUUUGGAUACCUGCCGAAUGGGAUGACAAUUUUGGAAAAUAAACUCCGUCAUUAUCUGUAA